GUUCUUUAACCAAGGUUCUACUGUAUAUAUAUAGUAUGCAACUUUGAAGCCAUUUCAAAAGCCUUGUACAUAUUUCAUCACCCUAAAUUUUCAAUUUUUCUAGAAAAUAAAUUCAUGAUAAGAUUGAGUGUGUGAGUUUCAGAAUGUCUCUAUAGAGUUAAACAUUUAUUGAAUAAUGGCUUCAACUAUGACUUGUAUAUUUUGAUUCCUUUUAUAUAAUUUUUGCAAUAAAAGAUAAAAUUAACAUUGCAUUAGACAGAUUGUGAUUAACUUGAAAAUAUCCUUCAUGGCUGAGACAUAUGGAGCAGAGAACUCAAAUUCCAGUGGCAGCAGCACAGCUGGACACUCAUCUGCUCACAAUUCAAGAAGCCCAUCUCCAACAGGCAGCAGCUCUGAUGUAGGAAGUGCUAGAAGUGCUUCCCCCAGCAGCAUCAGGAGUGGUUCACCUGCUGGAAGUAAUAGGAGUGGUUCACCUGCUGGAAGUAAUCGGAGUGUCUCACCUGCUGGAAGUAAUCAGAGUGUCUCACCUGCUGGAAGUAAUAGGAGUGGUUCACCUGCUGGGAGUAAUAGGAGUGCCUCACCUGCUGGAAGUAAUAGGAGUGUCUCACCUGCUGGAAGUAAUAGGAGUGUCUCACCUGCUGGAAGUAAUCAGAGUGUCUCACCUGCUGGAAGUAAUAGGAGUGGUUCACCUGCUGGAAGUAAUAGGAGUGUCUCACCUGCUGGAAGAAAAAGGAGUGUCUCACCUGCUGGAAGUAAUAGGAGUGGUUCACUUGCUGGAAGUAAUAGGAGUGUCUCACCUGCUGGAAGUAAUAGGAGUGUCUCUCUAGAUGGCUGUAUUACUAAUGGGUCCCCUAGAAUGAACCAAAAAAAUGCUGAGCGCCUCAAGAAUCCGUCAGAAAAUGGAAGUCCAUCUCAACCGUCACCUGCCCCAAGUCAUGGAAGUCAUUUCUCAGCAAGUCAAUCACCUGCAGGCAGUCGAGCAAGCGGCUCACCUGCUGGCAGUCGAGCAAGCCACUCACCUGCUGGCAGUCGAGGAAGCGGCUCACCUGCUGGCAGUCGAGCAAGUCGUUCACCUGCUGGCAGUCGAGCAAGUCGUUCACCUGCUGGCAGUCGAGCAAGUCUUUCACCUGCUGACAGUCGAGCAAGUCGUUCACCUGCUGGCAGUCGAGCAAGUCGUUCACCUGCUGGCAGUCGAGCAAGUCGUUCACCUGCUGGCAGUCGAGCAAGUCGUUCACCUGCUGGCAGUCGAGCAAGCCGUUCACCUGCUGGCAGUCAAGCAAGCCGUUCACCCGCUGGCAGUCGAGCAAGCCAUUCACCUGCUGGAAGUCGAGCAAGUCGUUCACCUGCCAGCAGUCGAGCAAGCCGGUCACCUGCUGGCAGUCGAGCAAGCCGUUCACCUGCUGGCAGUCGAGCAAGCCGUUCACCCGCUGGCAGUCGAGCAAGCCGUUCACCUGCUGGCAGUCGAGCAAGCAUUUCACCUGCUGGCAGUAGAGCAAGCCGUUCGCCUGCUGGCAGUCGAGCAAGUCAGUCACCAGCAGGUAUUCAAAAAAGCCACUCACCUGCUGGUAGUGGGGCUAAUCAUUCUGCAUCCAAAGACCGGGCAUCAGCUGAAGCUGCAAAAAAACGAAAAGCAGGCACAUCUCCUUCACGAAAAAAAGCACGAUCAUCUGAUGCCAGUUCAGGUGCAGACAGCCCUUCUAUCACCUCAGGGAAGCGCAAAAGCCAUGAUCUCAGUGAUGAAGAUUCGGAUCCUACUACAGCAAAGAAAAUCCGCUCUCAAGCAGAUCAAGAAGUGAUAGCUGAAGAUUUAUUCGGCGAUGCUGACGACAUCUCUGACGCGGACGACGCUCAGUCGGAAGAAGAGAGCGUUUCCAGUAAAGCACCCGCGCCCCGGCGUGGCGUGAUGCUCAGUGAUGACGAGGAUGACGUGCGACGAGGUAGUGAUCUAGAGCGCGAUGUUAGGAGUCGCUCUCGCUCGCCUAAGCCCAGUGACUCCCAAGAUCAAGCAGAAGGCGGAGCAGCAGAGGAAGAAGAGGAAACCGUCGUUCCUGAAACCAAAAUCGAGGCUGAGAUCCCGAAGAUCAACACAGAUCUCGGUCGUCAGAUCCAUUUCGUGAAGCUUCCCAAUUUCCUCUCUGUGGAGCGCAGGCCAUUUGACCACGAGACGUAUGAGGACGAGAUAGACGAAGAAGAGACGCUCGAUGAGGAGGGUCGGGCGAGGCUGAAGCUCAAAGUCGAGAACACGAUUCGUUGGCGCCUGAAUUUCGACAGCGAAGGCAACGCGAUCAGAGAAAGCAACGCAAAGCUGGUGCGCUGGUCGGACGGAUCUCUGUCACUCCACCUUGGCUCCGAGAUCUUCGAUGUGUACAAACAGCCUCUGCAGGGUGACCACAACCACCUGUUCAUCAGGCAAGGCACAGGCUUGCAAGGACAAGCCGUGUUCAGAACGAAGCUGUCGUUCCGACCACACUCGACCGACAGCUUCACGCACAGGAAGAUCCUCUCAUCGUUGGCUGAGCGAUCCCUCAAGACCUCCGCCGUGAAGGUGCUCUCGCAGGUCAUCAAGGAUCCUGACACCAAACGCAACGAACUCUACAAGCGUGACGAAGACCGCUUGCGAGCGACCAUGCGGCGCGCCAGCAAGCAGAAGCGGGUGAAGGAACGCGCCCCUGCCAAGGGCCUCACCAAAGGAUAUCUGGAGGAAGAAGAGGAGGAGGAAGAGGAAGGCACCUUCUCCAUCAGCGCCAUCAAAAAGCAACAGAAGAAGAAGGCGAAAGAGCGCGCUUCGAUUUACUCAGACUCUGACACAGACGACUCGGACCUGGCGAGCAGUAAGCCUAAGAAGGGAGGCAAGCGACAAGCUCUGACCGACUCUUCAGAAGAUGAAGGCUCGGCAUCACCCAGCGGUUCAGAGGCUGGCGGAACAACUCCCAGAAAUAAGGGCAAGAAGAGUGGCUCUGAAAGUGGUAGUGAGGAUAAAUCCAACAACUCUGAUGAUAGUGACUAAGGGACAGACGAGUGGCAGAAAGGAUAGAUCCUAUGCCUCAUAGGAUAGUGAACGGAGUUUUCUUUUUCGUGGAUACAGAGCAAACUCAUCCUGUCCUAGAAUCAGUCGAAAAUGUUCAAGAAUCGAUUCACUUCUUGAAAAAUGUUUUCAUUUCUUCUGUUUCCCCGAGGAUAAAGAAACUUAGAUAUAAUAAAUAUUUGAUAACAAUAAAUCCAGUAAACAGAA